CAGCUUCUUCCUGUUUGGAUUCUGGGGAGGGCGGAGCCUCGGCUCUCGGUUUGCCUCUAGAAAAAAGCGGAAGUUGUGCUCUUCUUUAGAGUGCCCCCUGGGAAACACACCCCGCCAUUCCCACUAUACUGCCUGUUCCCGGCCUUUAGAGAGCCUCCGACUCCGAGAUUUUCCACCCCGUUGAGGAGACGGAGAACGGAGAGGCUUUUGGGACGAGCCGCAGCCUUUCCCGAAGAAAACGCGUACCCUGGAACUCCUCAGCGGAGGAGUGUUUCCUGGAGGAACACAGAAACCUGCCACACCGGCCCGCCCCGCCCGUGGCAGAGCCACGUCUCGGCCGGAGGAGCCGCAGGAACCACCGCAGUGUCAGGGGCUACCUUUAUCACUUCCUGGGAUUCCCAGCGUCUGACUGAUACCAGCCAGCAAAUGGAAACCUUAAUCUGAAUGGAUCUUGACUGCUGCUGAUGGAGGGGGGAAAGCAGGACUUACAAGCAGCUCAUUCAUAAGCUUUUGUCGGCACCACUACCAUCUGGGGUCACAGCUACCAUGGACUCUUCCUCUGCAGAGCAAGGUGACCUGCUUGAGAGCAAAUCUAGUAAUGGCAACCCCGACCAUUCUGGGAGACUUGUGAUUCACACAGGCAAACAGAAUCUGACCGAUAGUGGUAACAUUCCUAGUGCCAGUAUUAAUAUUAACCAAGUGUCAAAUGAAGGAGGAAACAUGGAGGCACCCAGCAAAGAGAAUGUCUGUCAGAAUGGACCCACAACUCAUUUCCCUGAUCCUCCAUUGUCACUUGAUCCCACCACCAGACCAUUUGGUCCUGAUCCAUCUCCAGGUGUGGCUGGUUUCCAUGACAACCUAAGGAAGUCUCAGGGAUCUAGUGCUGAGGGAGUAGUUCUUAGAAAAGAAGCUUUGCAGUCUCUCAAACUCAGUCUUCCUAUGCAAGAAACUCAUUUGUGUUCAACCGAAUCUUCACUUCCCUUGGAAAAAGAGGAGCAGAUCCGCCUUCAGGCUCGAAGAAGACUGGAAGAGCAGCUCAAACAGUACAGAGUGAAAAGACAUCAGGAGAGAUCCAAUCAACCUGCAUCCAAAAACCGACCUACCAGUACCCUGGACCCUGAGCUCAUGUUAAACCCAGAAAUCUUACCAAGGGCCAGCACAGUAGCUAUGACAAAAGAAUACUCUUUCCUUCGGACCAGUGUCCCUCGGGGACCUAAAGUAGGCAGUUUAGGACUUCUGGCACAUCCCAAGGAGAAAAAAAGUUCCAAGUCAAGCAAGAUCCGGUCUCUGGCAGAUUAUAGAACUGAAGAUUCAGACUCUGGAAUUUCUAGUGGAAACUUCUUGGCACCUGACUCUGCCAGGGGCUCUCUGCAUCAGAAUAGAAGCAGUCUGACAUCAGUGGUAUCUGAAAUCUGCCUUACUCCUGAAACAGAUGACCGCCUGGAGAAUUCUUCUGUGGCAGGGGACAGUGUCUCUGAACUAGAUGGAAGUGAGGGGGGCAUGAAGCUGGAUGGCAAUGAUAGUGACAGUUCAUCUUACAGCAGUGUCUCUGGCAGAGGAACAUUUGGAGUUUUGAGCACAACUGGCAAGCAGGCAGCCUCCUACCUGGUUAAUGGCCAGGAGAUUAGUUCUGAUGCAAUGGGACAGUUUCCUUCUAUUAGAGAUGUCCUCCAGGCUGCUGCAGCCGAACACCAUGACCCAGAGGCAGAUGUCAAUGGGGAUAUGCAGAGUCGGAGAGACAGUAUUUCUAGCAGCAUAUCCAUGGAGAGCUCUGUUGCUGGAACUCAUGAUGAAAUGCUGCAGGUUCUUAAAGAGAAAAUGAGGCUUGAAGGGCAGCUGGAGGCCUUGUCUUUAGAGGCCAGUCAGGCCCUUAAAGAGAAGACAGAGCUUCAAGCCCAGCUGGCAGCCUUGGAUACCAAGCUUCAGGCUCAGGUAGAGCAAAGCCGAAGUAGCCAACAGAAGCAGGACUCGCUAAGUUCUGAAGUGGACACCUUGAAGCAGUCUUGCUGGGAUCUGGAACGAGCAAUGACUGACCUGCAGAACACCCUUGAGGCAAAAAAUGCCAGCCUGGCUUCCUCCAACAAUGACCUGCAAGUGGCAGAGGAGCAGUACCAGAGACUCAUGGGAAAAGUGGAAGACAUGCAAAAAAGCAUCCUCAGCAAAGAUAACACAGUGCAUGACCUUCGACAGCAGAUGACAGCCUUACAGAACCAACUGCAACAGGUUCAGCUAGAGCGCAGCACACUGACGAGCAGGCUCAAGGCCUCCCAGACCGAGAUCACGUCAUUGCAGAAAGUCCGGCAGUGGUACCAGCAGCAGCUGGCACUGGCCCAAGAGGCCCGGGUCAGGCUACAGAGCGAGAUGGCCCACAUUCAGGUUGGGCAGAUGACCCAGGCAGGCAUUCUGGAGCACCUUAAACUUGAGAACGUGUCAUUGUCCCAUCAACUAACAGAGACUCAGCAGAGGUCCAUCAAGGAAAAGGAACGGAUUGCUGUCCAGUUACAAAACAUAGAGGCAGACAUGCUAGACCAGGAAGCAGCAUUUAUUCAGAUCCAAGAAGCCAAGACCUUAGUGGAAGAAGACCUGCAGAGGAAACUGGAGGAGUUUGAGGAUGAAAAGGAGCACUUACAAAAAAUGGCCGAGUCUGCCACUUCCUUGGAGCAGCAGCUCCAGCAGGUAAAGCUAACUUUGCAUCAGCGAGACCUGCAGCUGGACACUCUGCAGCAGGAGCACCUGGACCUCAUGAAGCAGCUCACCCUUAGCCAGGAGACUCUACACACCCGGGAGCAGGCUCUCAGUGAGCUGCAGACCCGCCAUGAGGAGCUGCAGGCCCAGCUAGAAGAGCUCCAGGGAGAUGCUGCCACCAAAGACGACAUGGUCCAAUUUCUGCAGAAUGAGAAAAUCGUCCUGGAGGUAGCACUGCAGGCAGCCCGGGCAGGCAAAGAGGAGUUUGACCGAGGUGCCCAGCAGCUGGAAGAGGAUGCAGAUGCCACCGCGGAGCUCCUGGAGCAGCUGAGACAGGAGAUAGCAGUCAAGUGCAGUCAGGUAGAAAACCUGCAGCAAGAAAGCAUUGCUCUGAAAAAACAGACUCAGAAAGUGAAGGAGCAGUUUCUUCAACAAAAGGUGAUGGUGGAGGCAUACCGGAGAGAUGCGAAUUCAAAAGACCAGCUGAUCAGCGAAUUGAAAGCCACAAAGAAAAGACUGGACUUAGAGAUGAGGAGUCUGAGGCAGGAAUUAAUCAAGCUUCAAGGUGAAAAGAAGUCAGUGGAAGUGGAACAGUCCAAGUUACAGAAAGAAGUAUCCCAAGUUCACCAGCAAAUGACUGACCUCGAAGGACAGCUCCAACUGGUACAGAGAGAACGAGACGAACUGGAGACACAGUUACAGUCUUUGCAGUUUGACAGAGAACAAAUGGCAUCUCUUACAGAGGCGAAUGAAGUGUUGAAACAACAAGUAGAACAAAUGCAACUGGAAGCCAGAAAGGCCAUUACAGAACAAAAGCAAAAGAUGAAGCGAUUGGGUUCAGAUCUGACCAACGCCCAGAAAGAGAUGAAGGCCAAGCACAAAGCCUAUGAAAAUGCAGUGGGCAUCCUGAGCCGUCGCCUACAGGAAGCCCUCACUGCCAAAGAAUCCUCAGAAGCAGAAUUGAACAAACUCAGAGCCCAAGUUACAGAUGGAGGAAACAGCCACGCUCUAAAUGAACGAAUCCAAGUCCUAGAGCUGGAGCUGCAAACUGUUGGCCAUAGUAAGAUGGUGCUGGAGAAGGAGCUCCAGGAAAUCAUCUCCCUGACCAGCCAAGAGUUGGAAGAAUACAGGGAGAAGGUCAUCGAGUUGGAGGAUGAGCUCCAAGAAUCCAGAGGUUUUAGGAAGAAGAUAAAGCGACUUGAAGAGUUAAAUAAGAAGUUGGCUCUUGAAUUAGAGCACGAGCGGGGAAAGCUUACAGGUCUCGGACAGUCCAAUGCAGCCUUACGGGAACACAAUAGUAUCCUGGAAACAGCCUUAGCCAAGAGAGAGGCAGACUUAGUACAGCUGAACCUGCAGGUACAAGCAGUUUUACAGCGAAAAGAAGAGGAGGAUCAGCAAAUGAAACAUCUCGUUCACAGCUUACAGACUGCACUAGAGAAAGAGAAGGCCAAAGUGCGAAGCCUCAAGGAGCAGGUGGCUGCAGUCAAAGUCGAUGCUGGACACAACCGCCGUCAUUUCCGAGCUGCAGCCUUGGAGCUGAGUGAAGUGAAGAAGGAGCUGCAGGCCAAAGAGCAGCUUGUCCAGAAGCUCCAAGCAGAAGCAGAUAGCCUACAGGCCCAGGAGGGCAAACACAGCCAAGAAGUGUCCCAAUUCCAGCAAGAGUUAGCAGAAACUCGAGCUCAGCUCCAGCUUCUGCAGAAGCAGCUGGAUGAACAGCUGGACAAACAACCUGUUGAAAACCAAGAGGUUGAAGAUCUCAAAUGGGAGAUAAGUCAGAAAGAGAGAGAAAUCCAAACCCUGAAGCAGCAGUUGGAUCUGAGCGAACAGCACAGUCAAAAGGAAUUAGAAGGAAUCCAGCUGGUUCUGCAGAAUAUUAAAACUGAGCUGGAUAUGGCCCGGGAAGACCUUUCGAUGACGCAGAAAGAUAAAUUCACCCUUCAGGCGAAGGUGACUGAGCUGAAGAAUAGCAUGAAGACACUUCUCCAGCAAAACCAGCAACUGAAGCUGGACCUGAAGCAUGGCAAGAUGAGGAAGAGGAAGGAACUGAAGGGAGAGACCAAUUCUAACCCUGUGACCCCAGUUAAAAUUCCAGACUGUCCUGUCCCUGCCUCUCUCCUAGAGGAGCUCCUCAAACCCCCAGCGACUGUGAGCAAGGAGCCUCUAAAGAAUCUGAACAGCUGUCUCCGACAACUGAAGCAAGAAAUGGAUAGUCUUCAGCGCCAAAUGGAAGAACACACGAUCACGGUACAUGAAUCAAUGUCUUCAUGGACUCAGAUGGAGGGCCACUUAAUGGACCUUGCAGUUACCUGCCCUCCUGCUGUCUCUAGAGAACUUGAAAAUUCCAGCGUUGAUCGAAAGGAACAGAACCAUCCUGUCCAUGAGCAACGAAUAUUGGAACAGUGACUCCAGGCUGCCCCCAAAGUCUCUUGUCUCUAAAUAUGUGAAGGAUUAUUGUUUUAUCGACUUUAUUUAUUUGAUUUUGAACUUGAUGUUUUUCUGUGAGCUGCAGUUUUGAGUUCUUCUUUUGCCUAUGAGGGUAUAAGAGAAUGAUGGUGAAAGGCCAGCAAGAUAACCAAUUCAAAGGCCAUGCUUAAUUAAUGAUUCCUGUGACAAGAUCCUGCUUCCUACCAAAGUAACUUAGUCUCAAAUGGGGUCUUGUCUCUCCUAUUUCUGUUCAGGAGUCUGGGUCAUUUUUGAGGGAUAUCGUGUCAGGCUAGAAUUCUGAGUGAUCCUCUUGGGUAACACUGUCAAGAAGGAAUUUUUCAGAAUUGUGGCUACCAGUGUAGACAUGUGGCCUGGGGAGUUCUUUUUUACCAUCUCACUUUCCUUCUUAGCUCAGUGGGAAGCUUUAUUUUACUGCAGAGAGGAAAAUACUUAUUUUGCACCUUUUACUUUAUUUUUCAAAUACACACAUCCUCUAGUUGGAUGUCUCUAAAUAGUAAGAAUCAUAUAAUUGUUUUAAAAAAUACUCUUAUAUAAUUUUAAAAUUACUUAGAUUGUCUUUUUUGUUGCUCUGUCUCUUCCUUGUUGCCAUGUUUAAGUCUUCUGUUAGAAAAUCUUGUACAGAAUAUUUAAGGAAGCUAACCAAUACAGGUAAGCCUUUUAGAAAUAAUUAUUUUAUUUACUAUACCUUUCAAACACAAAAAUGCCUAUAUGUAAGGGUUUGGGUUUUUUUUUUUAAUCACUUCUUUCUUGGCUGUUUGCAAGCACACAUUAAGACCUUUGCUCACCCUGGCCAAAGCAUUAUGGUUCCUAACCAAGGGAGCCUGUCACCAGCAGGUCUAGAAAGGCCUGGGGUCCUGCCAAAGCAGAGGAAAAAUGGGGGAAUUGAGAGGAUGGGGGGGGUGUAUAGGAAGGAAGAAAAGAUAAAGGAGAGAUGAAAAAAGAUUGGCUUUGGGAAGUGUCUAGCUUAGGUUCCUGGCUCCAUCCAGCCCCAAUAGGCAAGUCAGAGUUGGGGUAACAAGGCUUUUCCCCUUCCACCUUUGUCUAGCUGUGACAGUCUGAGGUUUAAACCAAAAACUGACAUCAGGUGAGAGUCACCCCAACUGACAUGCAGGAGCAGCCAUCAAGAGAAACAUACUCCCUGCAGCCUAGAUUUUUAUAAACAUGCUACAUUUCCAAAAGAGGAUUCCCUUCAUUCUCUUUCCUGCUCAGGAAUCAUAGUUUCAGAUGCAGACAAGUAGAAAAAAUUAAGAUACCAGUAUCGGUGCAGGCUUCUUGUCAGCUUCUCUUUCCUGGUUGCUCAUGAAACCUGAGUGCUUUGAUUUAUAGGUCAGGCAUCCUGGAUGGGCCACACUAUUAUCUCCUCACAUCAUUCCACCCAAAUUAAACACUAUCAGAAUGAUGGAUGAGUCUUGUGGUUUGUGAACUUUCUGUUUUGUUUUGCUUAAUUUGCAAAGAAAAAAAUCUAGAAAAAAUUGCAGUAAAUAGUGAGAGAUUUUUGUGUUUGUAAGUUUUAGGGGAGGGAGGGAACAAUCCGUUAAUGGGGCUCUCAGGUGCCCAUUAUGCAAAUUACUGGCCUGAAAAUGAUGUUUUAAAGUGUUACUGAUCAGUCCAGAUAUGUUCAGAUAUGUUCAUGUUUAUAUAUGACAGAAGCUUAAUUACUCUUGUGGAGAAAACAGUAUGGUAUUCUGAAGCUGUUUCUUGUGUUCUUAAAACUGCCUCUUAAAAUGUGUUGUGAGAGGAAAUUAAAAUACCGUAUUGUUAGUUGAUAAGGUUAAAAUAACAUUAAUGUUAAAUACACUUAGUGAUGCUAAAAGAAAUCCAUUUCAUCAAGUGUUGCCAUUUCUAAAAAAUUGUCAUUUGUGCGAGGGUUGAUUCUUGCUGCCCUACUGGAAAGUAUCCUUACCAAUAGAUGCACUUGUUGGUCUAGUGUGAUGCUGGACACAAGAGGUUGAACACUCGUCUCCUCUCGAUAUGUAUGAGGUGCUUCCUAGCAAAGAGUGUUCAGGGUUCACUUUUCCACAAAGGAAGAGAAGCUUGUUUGGUUGUCAGGAUGUUGGUCAGGUGAAGUCAAACUUUUGUUUUUCUUCAUCUUUUUUUUCUUUCUGCUCUUAGUUAUUUCUCACAUUCAUUCCAUCUUUCACUCCCACUUUUACCCUGAGAAAGACGAUUUUCUUCAUUCUCUUUGCAAUGCAUUCAGCCCAAAGCCCCAGCCAGUCUUCUCCCUUCUGGCUCAGAAUUCACAGAGUUGAGUGUUUUAGCUCUAAGUGUGAUUCUGUAGGCUCAGGGCCUGCUGAUGGGGUUUGGGGACCUCAAGAUUUUGUUUGGCUGCUCCUUUCCCACCCUGCCAGCUGUUGGAAGUCAGCCCCCUUUUUUUUUUCUCCUUUCCAUUUCCCUCCUGGUACCCGGGAUGUACUAGGCUAGGGAAAUAAACCUCUCAGUGUCAGCUUAGACAUUGCCAUUAGGCUUUCCCAAGAAGUCACUUUAAAGAGGAAAAUUGGUGCCUCCUUAACCUACAAGAUAAUUUCCAAGUUGCCUAUUUUUGAUUUGUCGAGGGUUUCUUUGCCUAUGAGGGAUUCUGCUUCCUAUAGCUGUCUCACUGUCCUACCUCCUCUGGCCAGGGUCUGGUGAAGGGGUGGAUAAUCUAAUACUUCUUCAAAACUGUCGUUUUGAAAUUGACCCAUGAAUCAAUACUCAGAAAGAAAGCAGUGAUAAUCCCUUUAUAAAGCAAAGACUCCACUUGCAACAACACGCUUGUAGAUGUCUAUAAUAAAUGUGGUGGUCCAUACAAAAGAGAAAGUUCAUACUCCAUGGAAUCAUUACUAAGUCUUCCAGUUUGUUCCAAGAUGUCUUGUACAACCCAGUUUUCAUUAUUUCUUGUUUGGUACACAAUAUCUCCAAGAAAUAUGAUGGAUCUUAUAGAUUCAUAAAAUGGUUCUUCCCUCUGGAGGGUGUGACAGCUGAUUUUUAUCUUGUCAUAGGAUGCAAAAGUGGCUGUUACUAUGAUUGGUACGGUUCUAAUUGUAAAGUGGCCCCCAAGAAAGAUGUCCCAAAAUACAUUUUAAUCAGUACAGUUGGGCAGUGCCUUGUGAAGCUUCCCAUAUUGUUCAGCAGACAGUAUUCAUUUUCUGCUCAUGUGAUGUUUCCCUGCAAAAGCAAUAGCAAAUCAGAUUAUAGACCUCUAGAUCUGGCAUGGUAUGUAUUGAUACUUUUGUGAAUGCUUAAAAAAAAUGUCUUGGGCAGAUAUCAGAAUGAAACUAUCUAGUUGUUGAAAACAAAUGCUUUGGUGCCUUUUUUUAACCAGAACCCACAUGGCAUGAAAUUGGGUAUAGACCCAUGUCUCAUGCCUUCUUUACCCAAGGCAGGUUUGCAAGUGAAGGUAUCAGAAGCCCUUUGUUAUACUAUGCUCUCACCUCAUCUGUGGUCCCUCAGUAUGGACCCAAUACAGGGAGGCUUUAAUACUCUGAAUGAUUUUCAGUUAUCUAAGGAAAUGUUCAUUACGUAAACAAAAUUCACAUACGUACAAAAAAAAAAUCCAUGCAUACAAAUUUAUUCAUCAGGUUGGGGCUAUUUUUGGUGGAAUAAUUUGAGGAAAAUGUGACACCAUGUACAAUGAAUGAUUAUCUUAUACAGCAUGUUAAUUAAAAAAGGUUUAAGAGUGCAUAGGAAUUCCUUAAGUUUUGUGCAAUAAACUAUUUUUGGUAAAGGGUUUCAUAUUUAUUAUUUGGGGAUUCAUUAUAAUAUUUAAGUACAAUUUGUCUCUUUUAUUGAGAUGUGUGUUUUCACCCACUCAAAAAAAAAUGUAAAAUGCCCUAUGGAAAUUCAUUAAUUUCAAUAAGUUUUGCUGUCAUUCUAUCAGUUUUCAAAAUGUUUUUAAAUCCAAUUUUUUGUUGAAUUUAAAUGACUGAAACAAGA